AUGUUUGCAUACUUGAGCAAAAAGAUCGCAAUUCCAAACAACCAAGUAGUUUCUUCCAUAGCAUGGAGUAUGAAUCAUGGCUAUCUCGCCUGUGGUGGUGAAAGCGGCUUGUUAAAAGUGCUCAAACUUGAUGUCAAUAAAUGCGAAAAUACUAAAGGAUUGACAUCACAGAUUGACCUAUCAAUGAAUCAGACACUAAAAGGGCACUCUAGUAUGUUUGUUACAAAUGGGCUUAAUUGCCUAGGCACAAUACAAAUAAUAACAUGGAACGACAGUUUCGAAAAAUUGACAACUGCCGAUGAAGAAGGUGUCAUAAUUGUGUGGGCACUGUGUAAAGGUUUGUGGUAUGAAGAAAUGAUCAAUAACAGGAACAAAUCAAGGGUGAAAGGAUUAAAGUGGGAUAGAGAAGGCCGUCGUAUUUGCAUAGCUUAUGAAGACGGUGCAGUGAUUGUGGGUUCCGUUGAUGGCAACAGAAUUUGGCACAAAGAACUUAAGUGCACUGAACUUGUUUGUGUUGAAUGGGCUCCUCAUGGUCGAUCUCUGUUGCUUGGAUUGCUGUCUGGGGAAGUUCACGUUUACGAUUCUCUAGGUGUUUUCUUGAACAAGCUCCCAAUCUAUUGUUUGAAUGAUGUUCAUGGAGCGGUUACAUUGGCAGGCUUUGCUUGGUACAAGGGUGAGAAUUACCUCCUCGAUUCAGCGAGCCCCUCCUUAGUUGUUUGCUUUGACAUCGGCAGGUGCCAGAUAAUGAAAAAUGAAAAUGACACGAGUCCUGUUUUGCUGGAUACUGGUCUGGGCAUAAAUUGCUGUGCCUGGAAUGAGGAUGGGUCAAUUCUCGCCAUUGGUGGUCACCAAAAGUAUCUCUGUGAUUCGCAACCCGAAGCAAAUCAGCAUAUUGGAAUCAUGCAGUUUUACAGUAACUUUGGAGAUCAUCUUUAUUCACUUGCUCUGCCCGGUAAAGAGCCGACGGCCUGUGCGUGGGAGGGCGCUGGUUCGUUUCGACUGGCAAUCGCCAUUAAUUCCUACGUUUACUUUGCGAAUCUGCGUCUUAAGUACCACUGGACGUACUCCCCUAACGCACAUUCACUUAUCUACGCCUUCACCCGGAGUGAAGCGCAUAACAAGAUCGGCAUGUUUUGGGACAUUAAACGAGGCAUAACACGCCUGAAACCGGUAGAAAAUCUUAUGGGGAUUGCCGGUGAUGGGGACUAUUGCUGUGUCACUGAAAGGGCCACCUCAACGAAUCCGCCCUACCGCAUCACUGUGUACAAUACAUUGGGCUCGGUGAUCGACUGCAAAAUGACUGACGUUGAGCCAAAGUUUACCGUUAUGGUUGGAACCUAUGUGGCGAUAGCUAGCAACUCACUCAUCUUUUUAUGGCAAUUUAAAAAUCCCAGAGGGCUGUUUGGUAUCAGUUCGGUUUCAAAAAUACGGAGCAAGCCUAGAGAAGGAAUUCAAAGAAUGUGCCAUAUUGAUCACAAGGAUGGUUCUCUCGCCUUUAAACCUGACUGUUCUCCCUUCAACAUCGAUUCACUCACCUCAACGUCCCAGACACUCUCGUCCUACACCAACGUCGACUCUUUCGCGUCGCUUUUAAGAGCUAAACCAUCCGAAAAUCCAAUUGUUGCCAUGACAGCCAAUGAUGCUCGGAGUCUCUUCGUUGCCCGUAGCAACGGCGACGUGGUUCGCUACCGGCUGCCUGAGUUAUGGCCCGAAGUGUGUGUGCAUGUCACGGAUAAACUGAUUGUGCGCAUUGAGGUUAAUUGCGAUUCUUCCACUCUUGGUGUUAUUGACGAACACGGAAUUCUGACUUUGCAUUCUAUACCAGAGAGCCAAGAUAAUGAUUCGUCUCUUUCGCAGGAUUAUUCCAAGUUUUCCGAUUUCGCCUGCAGGGAGGUGUGGGAUCUGAAGUUCUCGUCGGUACGUUAUCACGGCCCGCUAAUUUGUUUCGACGAUGAUCCCAAAACAUUUGCAGUGAUGGAAAAGACGAAACUGGUAUUUUUCCACGAAACUGAGGCAGAACCGGCUAUCCAAUCAUCAGCCUACAUCGCAAGCUUCAGUGACCUUGAGGUUGUCGGUGUUCUAUUGGACGAUGUAAUGCAACAAUUUGAACAUCCAAAACCCGAAUCCAUCGUUCGUAUUCCGACCCGGACAUUGAAUGAAUGCAGAAACCUGAUCGAACACGGUCAGUUGGAGAAAGCGAGGACCUACAUUGAGAAUCAUCCACAUCCGCGAUUUUGGUAUGACAAUGCAACCUCAGGGCCUCUUAUAAUCUUGCGAAUUUAUGCUGAAGCGGCCCUUCAUGACCUGAAUUUGACCGAUGCUGAAUUCGGCUUCGUUAUGUGUCAAUACUACCAAGGAAUCGACUUUGUCAAGCGUCUCCGGAACAUUCAAUCGGAGGUCGUGCGCAUGGCAGAGGUUCGUGCAUACUUCAACGACUUUGAUGGCGCCGAAGGCCUUUUUCUCAACGCCGAUCGAUGCGACCUUGCAAUUGAGUUGAGAAAGCGACUAGGCGAUUGGUUCCGCGUCGCCCAAUUGGCAAAGGAGUCAGGCGCAGUUGUUCGCGACCGCGAAUUAACAGAGGUCUGGAACGCCAUUGGCGAUCACUACUUCAACAAACAGUGCUGGUCGCAAGCCGCUGACUUCUAUCGACAAGGUGGGGAGUACUCGAAGUUAAUCCGCUGCCUUUUCCGCUUGGAGGACUACGAUACUCUCGAAAAUUUAGUCACUGAACUCCCAGAAGGCCAUUGUUUGCUUCCUGAACUUGCUCGAAUUUUCUCAAGCAUAUCCUCCGCCACACCUGCAGCUGCCGCUUUAGCGUUGUACCACAAAAUAGUCAAACCACCAGUUAUUCGCCUUGUGUCAAAGUACUUAAGUAUUAAAAGCAGGCGUAUUUUUGGUCUCUUGAAGUGCGGAAAACUCAAGGAAGCUGUAGACGUUUGUCUAGAGUUGAACGACUGGAGUUUGGCUGUCCAGUUAACAAACGUGCCAUCUUCACCGGACGGUGACUCCGUAGAACACGACGUGACCGCCAGGGCUGCGCUCAAACGACGAUUGGUCAGUCGACUUCGUGCCGCCGUCUUCAAUUUCCUGGACAAUUCGCAUCCGUUUGACGCUGUUGAAAUUCUCAAACGAGCUGGCUACUACUUGGAUGCUGCGAGACUACUGUUGCGGGAGACACGCACGGCCCAAAGUAGCGGUGCUUCCUUGAAAAAUCUGAAAAAAAUGUACGUCAUGAUUGGAAUUCUCAUUGAGAAACAUCACGAACAGCCGAAAUCGUCUCCAGGCAUGCACGAUUAUGCGUGCUCAGUUGAGAAUUCCGAUCAUUAUGACUCACUCUUUUCUGGCGAAGAAGAUAACUCCCCCCAAUUUAACCUGGGGGCUAUGGACGAACAGGUUUCACUCAUUAAUGAACGACCUCGACAUCAGGAGAAGAAAUCUGCACUCGAUGUUUGCUCAGAGGACACUGGUACACCCAAACGCACCCUCGUGCUUCCCCUAAACACCUACGAGGUCACUCGACUAAUCGAUCAGCCGUGGAGGGGUGCAGAGGCGUGCCACUAUCUGAUGCUCUCGCAAAAACAGCUCUACUCAGAAAUGUAUGAGCAGGCGUUGCGCACUGCGAUUCUCCUCAGGGAUUACGAUGACAUCUUUGAACCGAGGAGGAUUCACUCAAUUAUUGCUCUGUGCGCGCUGAAGGCCAGCGCCUUUGCCACGGCCUCGCAGGAGUUCAUGAAACUGCAAAACAUCAGCGGGUGGUCUACGAAGGAGCGACAGAAGUUGGAAGACAUGGUUUUUGACAUUUUUAGUAGACAUCCACCAGAAAAUCAGCUGAAGACGUCGGCCUCUAUUGAAUUGGACAUGAUGCUUGAGAGCGAGACCAAAGUGCCUAUUUGCGCGGUUACGGGCCAGCCCGUGACAGACUACCAAUUUUGGAUGUGUCCGGUGUGCAAACACAGCGCCUACGAAGCUGAGAUCUCGCGGAUGCAUAAUUGUCCAAUCUGUCAUUCGCCUGUUCAAUAA